AUCAAGAAUCAUUGAAUAAAUAGAAUAAAACGCCCGCUAAAUAUUCUGUGAAUUUAAGUAAAAUAGAAUAAUUCUGUAAACGACUCUAUCUUGAUAUAAUAAACGAAAACGAAAAGGCAGACGAAUAGAUAAACGGGGAAAACUAAUAUGGCCAUUAUUGACAAGAAUGGUGACCACCACCACCACCGCCAUCACAAUCGACAUCAACAACGUCAACGAUAUCAAAAUAACCACCUUCAACAUAAUAAUCAUCAACCAAUCGAAACGUUAACAUCAACGAAAAGCAAUCAAGAAUUGAAUACAUUAGAUUCAUUGAAUAUUACAAUUGCGAAUAAAACAAUAACAACAACAACUACAUCAUUAUUAAAUCAUCAUUCAACCACAUCACCGUUUCAUCAUUUAACUGAUAUGAUGAAUUAUAAUGGUCAUCAACAUGGUUCACAAACACCUACCAAUUCUAUUAAUCACAAUCAUCAUUUAGAUCAAAUAGAUUUAUGGAAUUCAAAAAAUCGAGAUAAUGAUAAUCAUGAAUCAUCUUCAUCAUCAACUUCAUCAUUAUUAUUAUCAAAUACAACAGAUUCUUCAACAAUGGCUAAAUCAAUUGCUACGACUAAAUCAAAUAAUCAAUGCCAAACUAUUAAUAAUAAAUCAAUAGAUUCACAACAAAAUGGUCAGUUACAACAGCAACAAUCAAAUAGUAGUAAUGAUAAUAAAAAUCAACGACUCAAUUUUUCCAUAUCGAAUAUAUUGAGCAAAGAAAAUCAUAAUAAUUUGGUAAACAAUUUACGUGACAAUUUAUUAGCAGCAAAUCCAAUAUAUUCACGUCCGACAAAUCAAUUAUCAUUCGAUCCGAUGACAUCAUUAUUAUCGGCACAUUUUCUAUCAAAUUAUCCAUUAUCAAUGUCAUCACCGUUAUCCACAUUAAAUGAACAACAAAAAUCUCAACUAUUACCGUCCAUGUUAUUUGCCAAUGCAAAUGCUAAUGCUGCUGCUGCAAUGGCUGCUGCUGCUGCUGCCGGAAAGAACAAACCAUCACCAUGGUAUCCAUGGUCAUUAACAAUGUCACCAACGACAUUAUUAUCGGGCAAUACAAAUAUUUCGGAUAUUAAUUUCAGUUCAUUAUUCGCAUCGACAAAAGAAUCUAAAGAAGAUCAUUUUCUACAGAAAUUGAAUCGAGAUUCAAACAAUAAACGAGAUUGCAGCGAUAAAAGCGAUAGUCCUUCACUAUUUUCAUCAUCAAAUCCAGGUUCACCAUUUGGAGAAAAUGCUGGCAAUGGUAAUGUAUCAUUAAAUAAGUGUUCAAUCAUCACCAAUGAUUCCCGUCAACAAGAAAUUGAACUUGAAGAUGAUAUUGAUUAUAAUGAUUCCGAUACAUGUUCCGAAAAAGAUUCACCAAUUCAACGAAAUUGCCUAUUCAAUAACAAUGGCAGUUUGGAUAAAUCAUCAACAAAUGAUUUGAACAAUAUUAAUAAUAUGACAAAUAAACGAAAAAAGAAAACACGCACUGUAUUUACACGAAGUCAAGUUUUUCAAUUGGAAUCAACAUUCGAUAUGAAACGUUACCUGAGCAGUUCAGAACGUGCUGGAUUAGCCGCUUCAUUACAUCUAACGGAAACACAAGUGAAAAUAUGGUUUCAAAAUCGAAGAAAUAAAUGGAAACGUCAAUUGGCGGCUGAACUCGAAGCAGCAAAUAUGGCUCAAAGGAUGCGGGCAGUUCCAAUAUUGUAUCAUCAACAAUCAGAUGGUCGACCUACGCCAACAUCUCCGACACCCAAAACAAAUAAUUUUGUUUCCACACAUGCUGGAGCCGAUUCUAAUUCGAUACAAGCACUUACAUCGUAUUAUUAUUCAUCAGCACAUGGAAACGGUGGCAACAGUAAUGGUAAUUUUUCGAUAUCCAAUUCAAUGGCAGCAGCCGCUGCCGCAGCUGCUGCUGCUGCGGCUGUUGUAUCAUCAUCUUCAUCAUCAUCAUCAUCAUCGCAUCUUACCACAACUGCAUCAUCAUCAACAUCAGCUAUAUCCAUCAAUAAUAGUAGUUCUUCAACACCUACUUCCAAUUCUAUACAUCGUUCAGUUACAAUUUCCGGUUUAGUUUGAUAGUUUUUUUUAAAUAUCCGAAUAAAUGUAGUCUGUUGUGUCUGUUUGUUUGUAUUUGAAUAAUUUUUUUUCAAUCGUUGUCCGUUUUGUCAAAAAA